AUGGCUGAGAAUGUCCCUCCGGGCUCAGGCUCCGUGGCAAAGCCUACAGCAAACGGCGACCGGCCGGGAUUGCCUUACUACGAGAAAUUGAGGCGGGAUCUACGGGACACCUUACAGAAGAAACGACUCCUCGAUCGGAAUCUAGCUGUCAUUGAGGACCAGAUCUACCGGCAAGAAACGGCGUACCUUGAAGAAACCGCAGUCGCAGGCAACAUCGUCAAAGGCUUCGACAACUACAUCAAGGCAUCUGCAGUAUCGGCAGCCGCCAACUCAGCGGGCGGGACAAUCUCAGGCAGCGCAGUUGGUGGCGGGUUGGGUGCAGGACGCCGUAAAGCGGUCAUCAACGACACAGACCGAGUGUUCUCCAAGAGCUCAGUAUCAUACAUGAGAGAUUCGGACUCCCCCAGCAGCGCCACGAGCACACCCAACCACGCAGCUACGCCGACGGGAAGUUUCACGGCGGAGAAGACGGGUGACAAGAAGAAGAAAAAGAAUGCGGCUGCAAACGACGAAGACACAGAAGGGAGAACUACCAAGCGCCAGAAGAUUAGUUUUGGGGGAGCACGCAGGAACCACGACGACUAG